AUGUCUGGCAUUCUACACAAGGUCAAGGAGGCUGUGACCCAUCACCACCACCAUGAUACCUCGCACAAGAGUGACAAGGCCCAUGCCCAAAACCCCACUACCACUCAGACCCAAGGCCCUCAUUCCAGCAACGCCGCCAACAAAGCCGACCCUCGUGUAGACAGCGACCUCGACGGACGCGGUGUCAACCCUACUACCACCAUCUCUUCUGGUCCUUACCUUCACGGCGCAGUCAGCCCCAAUGACAAGCCCACCUACAACAGGGCCUGGACAGGCGACUCCGACGGCAUCUCCCCGCGAACUAGCACCGUCAACACCAACGCCAACGCCUACGACGCGCCGCGCACCGACGACCCCAGCACCGGCCCCGCUCCAUCCACCGCGGGUCCUCACUCCAGCAACGUAGCCAACAAGGCGGACCCGCGCGUGGACAGCGACCUGUCAAGUGCUAAGGCAAAGGAAGACACCAGCCGGUUCUACAACGAGGUGCGACAGGGAAGCAUCGGCGGUGCUGGCAUCAUCCAUGCCUCGGGAAGCAAUGGACCGACCACUACCAAGACCUUUGAUCCCCAUGCCUCUCUCCCUAGCGGCGGUGCCCCUCAGAUCCACUCGUCCUCCGCGGCGGGCAGCAGCUACAAUACCCCCGGUAGCGGUCGUGCCUCGCACACUGCUGGUCCCCAUGACAGCGAUGUCGCUAACAAGAUGGACCCCAGGGUGGACUCCGAUCUGGAUGGCUCUCGUACCAUGGGCGCCCAGCGUGAUGGCUACUAA